AUGACAACGAUCAACACACUCUCACAAUCUACGAUGGAAGUUCCCCUCAUGGAAGACUCCAUGGAGAUGGCCUCGCCCUAUAUGGGGCAGGCUGAUGAUUUUGACAUCGACAUCGACUUGAUGGAUGACCACGCUUCAAACAUGGAUAGCGAUAUGAUGGGUGCAGAUGAGUUUUCUCAGCCUCAAGAACCAAACAACGACGCCAUCUUUGAUGCCGACAUGGUCGACGAACCGUCAGAAGGCUCUAUGGUUGAUGUUGACAACUAUGUCGCAGAAGACCAUGACAUCGAUGUGCAAUCCCAGGGAGAGCCAUAUGAGGCAGAAAUGACCGAAGGUGACCAGGUCGAAGACGUCGUUGCUCCUGAAAUUGCCGUGACCCAUGUUCCCACUCUCGAAAAUGCUAUCGAACAGAGCAACGAAGAUGUUCCCGCUCCUAUUGAACAAGCUGAACCGGCCAUGGUAGAGCAGGUUUCACACACUUUACCCGAAACACAAGACGGUCGAAUCGAACCUACCCCAGUCCCAACUGAAGUCCCAGCGCCAGAAGCUGAGUCCCAAACCGAGGACGCAGACAAGAACGAGGACAACCAGGCUGAGCCAGGCACACCCGAAGAAGACGAUGACCUUGCAGAACCACCCACUGAAACACUUGACUUCGGUCAAAUCCACAACGCCCCUCAGCAGGAAGAGCCCAGCGAAAAGGCCAACGACGCAAUCAAAUCUGAUGCUGCUGCAACAGACGCAAUUAAAGAAAACGUUGCCGUCAGUGAGGACCAGGUACCUAUCGAAACAUCCGAAGAUUCUCAGCAGGUAGAGAAGCAGUCGGGUCCAGAGGUGGAUCACCACGAUGAAGGCGAAACCCAAAAUAUUCACCACGAAGUUCUUCAUCCUGUGAAGAUCAUCUACCAGGAGAAUGAAAUUGCUCUCUUUCCCCCUUUUGAAGGGGAUUCGGCCGAGACUUUCUUUCUCCAGGACGAAGACGUGGCAUAUGAAAGUUUUUCCCAGCUGUUCAAGGCUCUGCGCCAGGUACUCCAAGGCAAUGUUGCUGAAAAUGAAGUUCUAAUCAUCGAUAUCGAUACCCUUGGUAUCCAAAUGACAGAGGACUCCUCUCACACAUCCCAAGUCACCCUACACCAGAUUGUGGAUAUUUAUCUCAGACUUUCUCGCAACGAUGGUGCUAAUCACCCCGAUGCUCUCUACCUCACUCUGAGCAGUAAGCGUGCUUUCCCCGCUGAAAUUGCGGAUCUGCUCGAUGCUGCCAAUGAUGGCAAGACUCUGUCUGAAAUUCAUUCUUGGGAUGAGUAUGACGAAGGCGAGCCUGGUUCUGAGGAUGACCACACACAUGGGGUCGAAGAGCAUGAAGACGAAGCUUACUACAUCACCGAGGCUGAGCAAAAGCUUUCAAUCCCUGAAGACCAAUCAGCUUCAAAACCUGAAGAUGAGAAGGUUCCAAUCGAUGAUGACCUCCCAACUCAGCAACAGCAUUCCGAUGAGGCUAAGCCAGAGGACUCGAACCUGCCUGCCAAGGAUGAAGCCAACAUCAGCGUGCCAGAAGUGGAGGCCGCUACUGAGGCCCAGCCGUUCUCUGUUCAAUUUGAAGCCAAUGAGAUCAAUGAGCAAAAUCAACCCCAGCAGACUGAUCCUGACCAUGAUGAUCUUUAUGAAGAUCACUAUGAAUCCGAAGGCCCGCAUAGCGAGUCUACUACCACAGUGGCUGCGGCACCUGGCGAAACUGACGCGCAAGAAGAGUACACCCACGAUGACCAACUUGGGCAAGUGGAUGAUACCAGCACUGAGCAGCAUGAUGAGAAUGUCCACGAGGACGAUCAUGACUACGAUGAUCUCGGACCCGAUGAAUACUUUGAAGACGAAGACGUUGGUUUCGUCAAUAACUCAGAAACGUCCCAAGAAGGCCGUGAUUCCAGCCACGCCGGCACCGGUGAUGCCCAGCAGCCCAUCGAAAAGGAGCCUGUCUCCGAAGAGCAGGAUGAAGAUGGGCUAGGCACCCCGCCGUCGGCUGCACCCACUUCAGUGGGGCUAUUGCCAGAUGAGGCAAAUCCAAAUCUCCCUGAGCAGACGACAUCUACACUCGAAAGCGAGACUAAAGAUGUCUCUGAUAACAAGGAGCAGACCCCGGAGCCCACAGAUGAUUUGCUUGGGAUCGCUGUAGACCUGAUGCAAACCCCCGCAAAAGACAGCGAGCACGAUGCGCUUGAUCAGCUCGAAGGUCUAGACGACGAGUAUGAUGAGAAUGACCCUUCUGCAGCUGCUCCGAUUGGCGGUCCAGACGCCGACAACGACGAGUUCGAUGAGAAUGAGUUUGGCGAUUAUGACACCAAUUUUGAGGAAACGGAGGGCGUAGAGUUUGGUGAAACAGAUCCCUCCUUUGCGGAAUCCCAAUCUCACGAUAACGCGUCAACCAAACGGUCCCGCGAAGAAGAAGAGGACUGGGAUGUUGAGGACACCACUCUCGAGGCCAAACGUCGCCGGCCAUCGUAA